UUAGCCCGUUUGUGCUCAAGCCAUCAAACAGUUAUAAAGCGGCAAGCAAAGCAAACCGUUUGCAACAGCGGAAAAAAUACGUGUUUUUGUGCAAUUUGAAAGAGUUCAGUUUCGAGACAUUAGACGCAAUGGGCAGCAGCGAGGGCGAAGUAGUGCUCGUAACGGGCGGCAGCGGCUUUCUGGGUCAGCAUCUAAUCAAGCUGUUGCUGGAGCAGCGCAAGGAGCUGGGCAUCAAGGAGAUACGCUCGCUGGACAUUGUGCCGUACAGCAAUAAUAUCGGACAUCCGGAGACGCCGAUGCUGCGCACCUUUGUGGCGGACAUUGGCGGCGAACGUGAGACCCUAAAUAAAAUCUUUGACGGAGUCGAUGGCGUCUUUCACUGCGCUGCAUCGGUUCAAAUCGAAUAUCCGCCCAACUACGAUGAGCUGGAGCGUGUAAACAUAAACGGCACCCGGGCUGUCGUGGAUUUGUGCAUACAGAACAAUGUGAAGCGCUUGGUCUACAGCAGCUGCACCUCGGUGUGCUUUGUGCCCUUUAAGGGGCGCAGCACCUUCUCGGCGGUCAUCAAUUCCACAGAGUCCAAAACGGACACGCCCACGCUGGACAGCUCCAAGCUCUGGGAACAGGAUGGCGAGUUCCUAAUUGCGGGCUAUGCAUCCAGCAAACUGCGCGCCGAGAACAUUGUGCUCAGCUCCAAUGGAGCGCCGCUGCAGAAUCAGCUGGACUAUCUGGCGACCAGUGCUAUACGGGCACCGCUUACCUAUGGCGAAUGUGAUUCGCAUUUUAUUACUGACAUCUUUGAUUAUUUGUCGCGACGCGAUUGGAUCUUUCCGAGAAUUGCCGGCGUGGGCGGCAAGCAGCAGCUGGUCUAUGCUGGCAACGUUGCCUGGGGUCACAUCUGUGCCUACAAGGCGCUCAAGGUGUCCAGCAAGGCGGUUAAUGGAUUGCCUGUUUUCGUGACCGACGACACGGGCAUUAACGAUGUUUCGCGCUUUGUGCAAAAGAUGGCGCUGCUGGGCGAACGUUUCAAGGUGAAGACCAGCUGGUGGUACAUUCCACACUUUCUGUUCUUCUUCCUGGCCUUUCUGCUGGAGUUUGUGGUGCGUGUGGCCUAUCCCUAUACCAAAUAUCGCCUACGCUACUCACCACGCGCCAUUGCAUCGUUCACCUCCUCCAUGCUCAUGUACAAUCGCCUGCGCGCCUCUAUACACAUGGACUAUAUGCCGCUAUACGAUCCGGACAGCAGCGCCGAGCGGAGCGCCAAAUGGUAUGCCAAGUGGUGGGAUGACAAACAACUGGCCAAGAAGUCUAAAAAGUCGAGUUGAGCUCGAUCUUUAAGCGUAUUACUCUUUUGUACUGCAUAUUCUAGAGUUUUGUUAUGUUUUAUUUAGGUAAAUUU